UAACUUUGUUUACGCAAGUGGAGGCGAUACUUAACAGUCGCCCUUUAUGUCCCAUGUCAUCAUCCCCUGACGAUCUCCUCUCCCUCUCCCCAGGACACUUCCUAAUCGGAAGACCUUUGACUGCGCCGCCGACACAGGCGUGUGACAACCACAACGAGAACACCCUGCAACGAUAUGAACGCAUAGAAAAAAUGUAUCAGCAUUUUUGGCAAAGAUGGCAGAGGGAAUACAUUUCAGAAAUACAACAGCGAACCAAAUGGAGAACCAACAAGGCCAAGCUGAACGUCGGUGAUUUGGUUCUCAUCCAUGAAGACCACGUCCCUCCGCUGUGCUGGAGGCUUGGGCGAGUGACGCGUUUGUUCCCGGGUCCAGACGGCGUAUCCAGGGUCGCGGACUUGUCCAACACUAGAGGCUGCGUACGGCGGCCACUUGUGCGCCUCUGUCCUCUACCAACUGCUGAAGAUCUUCAAGGUUGAAAGAGCUUCCUUUCAACGAGGCGGGAGGAUGUUGCCGCGCAAGGCAAUUUAGUUCAUAUAUUUUUUUAUAGUAGUACCUAAUUGUAGAAUAAUUGUAGUAUAACUAAUAUUAAUUAAUUAGUUGUUAUCUGUAGUUUGCAUUAUUUCUUGUAAAAUUAUUAUCUGUAGUUCCUUUGUAGAAUUUCAUUGUCUUUUGCAUAAUCUUGUAUUAUCUAUAACUUUUUCCGGCCCUUCCUAAUUUAACUUCUCAACAUGUCACAUCGUAUUAAAAGCAAAAAUUAAA